UGGGGCGGGGCUUUCUGGCGGCGACUCCCGCGAAGAGCAGAUGGCAGAGCCGCCAGGGUCCCGGCACCGCUCGCUGUACAAACUGGUGGGCUCGCCCCCUUGGAAAGAGGCUUUUCGGCAGGGAUGCCUGGAGAGAAUGAGAAACAGCCGGGACAGGCUCCUGAACAAAUACCGCCAGACUGGAGGCAAUAUGCCAGAGAGAGCUCAGAACACCCUUCUGGUACAAGAGGUGAUGGAAGAAGAGUGGAAUGCUUUGCAGUCAAUGAAGAGCUGUCCAGAGGCCUUGGCUCAGUUGGAGGAGCUGAUGGACCUGGCUGUGCUGGAGGAAAUCCAGCAGGAGCUGAUUGACCAAGAACAGUCCAUCAUCCGUGAAUAUGAGAAGAGCUUGCAGUUUGAUGAAAAGUGUCUCAGCGUCAUGCUGGCUGAGUGGGAAGCAAACUCCCUCAUCUGUCCUGUGUGUACAAAGUACAACCUGAGAAUAACCAGCGGUGUGGUCCUGUGUCAGUGUGGCCUGUACGUCCCGUCUCAUUCUCCAGAGCUGACAGAGCAGAAGCUUCGUGCCUGUUUGGAGGACAGUGUGAAUGAGCACAGUGCACACUGUCCCCACACACCCGAAUUUUCAGUCACUGAAGAGACAGAAGAAAAGUCCAGCCUUCUCAUGAGCUGUCUGGCUUGUGAUACGUGGGCUGUGAUCCUCUAGAGCCAGCCUCCACUCACGUCAUCCUGCUGGGCUGGAAACAACGAGUUCCAUCUGAGAAGGGGCCCUGUAAAUACAAACCUUUUAUUUCUAAUUUAUUUUGUAUUAAAUCUUUUCAAACGUU